CUUUCAACGACAUCCCAGCUGCAAGAAGCAACAACUGCGAGACACCCUGUGGGAAGCUAACUCAGCAAACAAAAUUUCUACAACGCAUUUCCAUACUCCAGCGAAUAGAGAACAAGCCAAAAAUCGGAAGCGUCCCAGGCUGGGACGACCGAACCGCUAUGCGGCUGGAGGCCGCUACCGUCUUAGCGCUCGCAGCGCUGGGCUGGGCCGCCCCUGAGGGGACCUCCUGCGCGCUGCUAGAGGGAAGAAUCGGUGACGACCUGCACUGCAGGAACAACAUCCACCAAACGGGAUAUACAGAUGGUGCCGCUCCCGCGACCCGGAGGAUACUGCUCGAGGGGGCAGGUGGAAGGCUAGUGAUGGUGGCGUCUCCGGCGCAGACCCAGUUUGCAGACGCCAUCCGCCCUCGCGUCCGUGACGACAACCAGGGCGCCAGUGAGCGCAGGAUUGAGGAGCUCAUAGACGACGAGUGGACAAGAAUUUCACCUGACGAAAGGGGAAAAUGGACCAAGAACUCAACCAAGCCCACCGACAAUCACGAGAGCCAGAAGUCGGGAGUGGGAGGAAGCUCGGAUUCAACAACGACCACCACCACCUCGGCAAGCUCCAGCGGCAGCACUGGCACGGCAACCACAACGACUUCUGAGGAGAGCUCUUCGACAACCUCUUCUUCUGAGACGGCAACGACGACCUCCUCAAGCGAAAGCACUACCACGACAUCACUAGAUGAGAGCCAAUCCUCUCGGUCGACAUGGAAAUUUUCAUCAAGGAAGAAGACCAAGACUCCUACAGCGUCCAAGACCAUCAACCCGUCUUUGACAAGCAAACCGACAGCCUCAACGAUUUAUAGUUCGACGCGGACAUCCACCAGAAAGACACGCACCCCGCUUUAUAACCACACCAUCAGCACAACCUCACCCAGGACAAACGUGACCACAACUUUGUCUCCCGCAUCCAGAACAACAGCCACUACCGCCCACACGAGAAAAUCCAGAACCACCACCACCAAGACUUUGGACCCUACCAGGACGAGGACCAGAACUCUAUCCCCAAUAUUCAGUACCAGGCCGACAACACGCUACACCAAUCCUUGGCCGCGACCGACACAAGCUGUCGAUCCGUACAAUGACGAUGAGGAGGAGGAUGAGUACUACCUCUAUGGUGACACCUACGAGGACUGGGAGCUUGUCGCCCCGCCACUUGCGCCACCGCACGCUAGCAACCCGCGCAUUGGGGGUCACAGGCCAGCGCCUUCGAAGGUGGUGAAUCCUGGCAGCGUUGACGACUGGGAGGCAAUCGCAAAGAACCCACCACCGUCAAUUCCCGCCAACCUUCCCAUGGAAAAUGGCAGCCAAAGGCCCGUGGUUAACUCCGAGCUUGGGGUCAAUGGCGACAGUCGGUGGCAAGCGGCACCGCCUGCUGUCAACGCCCCAGCCCGAGCCGGCAUCGCUAGUCCUUGGCCUGCGGUCGUACCCGGUACCAAGAACAGGGGUGGGCAUAAUCGGCCAGGUGGGAAUGGCUUCCAACCACCAUCGCCUCCAAUAUUGAAACCUCAGCGGAAGGCUCCGACAUACGGCCCUCCACACACACCUCCCCAGUGGCAGGCCACCCAGCUCUUUCCCGGCAAGCUGGCUCAGGGCUCAGAGUCAGAGAGCCGCCGCACAGGAAAGCCUGGCUCCUUCGGAAAUGAUAUGGUCGACUUGGGCACUCCGGGAAGUGGACGUACUAAUAUUCCCGACUCUACACCUGGGACAAAAUUCCCUUGGUCGACGCCGGAAAACUCGUCUCCCAGCCGAGAACUUCCCCUCGGAGACAAGUACAACUCGGACCCCAGCCACCAGAGCCGCCCUUCACCGGAUCUACCCGCAGGCAAGCUGGCACAAGAGGACAUGCCGGCUGAGGGACGGCCAAGCCGCAAGCUGGGAGCUGGGACCCAAGUUCCAUGGCGUCUUCCGGUCGGAAGGCCAGCACAAGGCGUCAUCGUCGAUGGGCGGCCUGGUCCCAAUCGAAAGCCAGGGGCCGGCGCUGCUCACGCGGUGCCAGCGCAGGACCCCAAAGGCAAGGCCUUGCAACUGAAUGGACGGCCCCAGUGGAGUCACAGCGCCGAGCCAGAGUCACAGCAGAGCUCCAGAAAGCAGAAGAUUCCAGGUGUCCCGAAUGUCCCGGUUGGUUCUCUGCCUGUAACACCCAGUCAGGGCGCAAAGACUUCACCCCAGGUUCCAGAUUUUGUUCGAGGGCCAGGGCCCGCGCCGACCCAAAAUCCAGGAGGCUUAGACCUACUGAGCAAUGCCCUUCCCAUCGCAGAUCAGCGCCCGAACCACCAUGUUCCUGAGAACAGUCCUGGCAAGGUUCCCGUCGGACAACAAGACCGAGUCAGCUCGACACCGGAAUCUGACCCAGGACAAAAGAAACAGAGCCCGUGGGAGCCUCCAAAUCUCGCAGGAGACAAGAAAAAGCCCCAGGGCAUCAACCGGCCCGCCAAGCCGUCCCACGGCAUCCUUGGCGUGUCCUCCAUACCCGUCCCGACCAUCAGCACCAACCGCCAGACGGGGGAAAAGACUAGCGAGAAAGAUCAAGAGGAGUGGGACGUGUUUGUACAUCCCGCCACCGGCAAGAAGAUCUACACGGGCGGCGGCGGUUCCCCCAAAGACGAGGGCACAAAGCCGAAAGGUGGACAGGCCACCGACAACAUGACACAGUCCGGUAGAUACAGGCGUCGGGUUCGCGGGGCCCGCGCUGAGAAGCAAGAUUCCUGGCGGAGGAGCGAGAGGCAGAGCCGGCACCGGAGGCGCUCGCGCAGCAGAGGGGAGCUGAUAGGAUAGAGUUAGGGUACUUGCAGGACGCAUUUGUUUUUUUUUCAUGUUUGUACUCGCGCAGCGCUACCUUGCAUCCAUAGAAAUUUUCACUGUGUUUCAACACCA